GGGCGGGGCGGAGGAGGAGGUAGAAGAGAAGGAGGAAGGGAAGGAAGGAGGAGCAGGAGGAGGAGGAGGAGGAGGAGCGCGCGGCAGGCGGAGGAGCCCCCCGAGACGCUAGGGAGUGGGGCAGAGGGGCGUCGGCCUCCAUCCCGUGACUGUGACCGUGGCCGUGGCAGCGCGGCGCCAUGCAGCCGGGGCCCUCUGUGCUCGUGGCCAGCAGGCAAGUUCAGAAUGUUCACACUGGUUUGGACCUCUCCGUCCCCACGUACCAGGAGUUCCGGGGGAAGAUGAUGUCCGGCCACAUAGAAUACCAGAUUAUGGUGGUGACCUGGCUGCCCGCCUUCAAGUCGGCCAAGCACAGAGCAGAGGACAUCGUCCAGUUCAUGGUUUCCAGAAAGUACAGUGAGAUCGAGGAGUUUUACCAGAAGCUGACAAGUCGAUAUCCACAGGCUGCCCUUCCCCCACUCCCCAGAAAAAUCUUGUUUGUUGGGGAGUCUGACAUACGGGAACGGAGAACUGCGUUCAAUGAAAUCAUGCGUCAGAUUGCAAAGGAUGAGGAGCUUGCAACCAGCCCCGAGCUGCUGGCAUUCUUAGGAUCCAAGUUCUCUGGGGGAACAGAUUUAACUGGGAGGGGUCCCCUGGAACAGGCAAAGGAUGAAGCUGAUGGGGACACAGAGGAUGGGAUUGACUUCUUCCAGGAGCCAGACAAGACAGUGGGUGGGGUUCCCCUGCCUAGCAGCCUGAGCCGCUCAGGAGAAGAGGAGGAAGAGGAGGAGGAGGAGGUGCUGGACCCCCUGGGCAUCAUGCGGUCCAAGAAGCCCAAGAAGCCUCCUGCCUCCAUCCAGGCCAGACCCAAGGAAACCCCACUGGGCUCAGGCAAGGAGAGCCGGCCCAAGAUGACCAUCUUUGAUGAGGAGGUGGAUGGAGAUGAGGAGCUCUUUAGCCCCAAGCUAGUACACUCGGCUCCCCGGGGCCCCAGCCGAGACAGCCUCAGGUUGUUCGAUGACCCUGACCUAGGAGGAAAGGUUUCCCUGGGAGAUUCCUUGCUUUUGCCAACUGCAUGUGAGCGCCGCCAGGUGCCCACACGGGGCAUCAGUGAUGACCUGUUUGGAGUCGAAGAAGACUUGGAGAAGAUCUUGAGCUUGGAGUCAGAGCCCAUAUCCCAGGCCCUACCCAGGGCCAAGCCUCAGGUGCCCACCAAACCAGCAAUCCCCAAGAAGCCCAUGAUCCCACCCCCAAAGGCUGGCACCCCACCGGUGAGAGCAGCCCCACGGGAGGGCCAGCAGCAGGUACAGGUCCAAGCUCUGAAUGAGCUGGACAUCCUGAAGUAUAUCCAGGACCAAAAUUCAGCCGACAAUACUGCCCCCAGUCUCUUCUGAAUAAGCCCUGGCCCCUUGGCUGGUGCCCACGGCCCAGGAGUCAGCCCUUCCCAGUGCCCCAGAAGUUGGCCCCAGGAGUGAGCCCUGCCUGCUGUCCUCUAGGACCUGGGUCUGGCAGUGUUGUGCUGACCUUGACCCAAGGGUGGUGGGUAGGAUGGAGAGCUGGGAGGAAGAUGCCCUGCUUGUCAGGACCUGGGGGCUAUGGGGGGUGGAUGGAGGGGUACAGACUGUCUGGACAGAGGGAAGAAACAGCCCCAUCCAGUGGGAUGAAAGUCAGAAGAGCCAGGACGGACUAUACCACUGAGGAAGGGCACCUUGGCACCAGGGGAGGACAGAGACAAAGACCUGGGAGCCAGGACUCGAGGGCACUACAGCUCCCUGUUGGUGUGGUGGCCAGCUGAAAACAAGCCACCCGGCUGUAAGGGCCCCACCAACAUCCUCCAGGCAGCUCAGGCCCCUGGGCAGGCUUGGGCCCCUGGGCUCUGAGCAGAGCAUUCACCAAUGAGAGGGUCUGGGUGAGACCCCACUGAGGCCCCCAAAGGACCCGAUCACUAACUCCGUGACCUUGGGCAGGUCACUAACUUCCUGUGCCUCAGUCUCCUCAUCUACAAAGUGAGAAGAAUUGCUGGCCUUAGCGGCUUCCUUCGAGGCUUCCUCGAGUUUUUGUCAAGUGCCUUGGAGGCCUCGCUUCUGUCUUCUAAAGGGGGGAGGCCAUAUGUCUUCAGUGUUCCCCGUGUCACAGCAGGUGCUCAAAUAAAUAGAUUGAAAUGAGGCUGCCCAGGUGCCCCUCCCCACUCCA